AUAGCAACAGCAACAUACGCUUGUGGCUAUUUUUCCCCAUUUUCUUCUGGCCUUUUUCCGCGCACAAUCUGGCAACAUUUAUGAUUAGGAUACUACUACAAGUUCAUAUUACGGCCGCAGAAGAUUAGUUGUAAUCAUGACUUUCCUCCGGCUUUUACAACAACUUCCUGUGGUGCUCGUUCAGACGUCGUCAACAAUACUUCAAAGAAAUUUUAGUGUCUCAGUUGCUACGCCUGCAAUUCAGAAAAUGACGAGAGUACGCGUGGUAGACAACAGCUCUCUCGGAAAUACGCCACAUCACCGCCCACCGAGAGUGAUCCAUGUCUACACUAAGAAUGGCAUUGGGAAAGUCGGCGACAAAGUGCUGCUGGCCAUUAAAGGGCAGAAGAAGAAAGCGCUCAUCGUUGGACACAAAAUGCCUGGGGACCGCAUGACUCCACGCUUUGAUUCGAACAAUGUUGUUCUGAUUGAGGACAAUGGCAACCCUACUGGAACAAGGAUUAAGGUCCCUAUACCAACAAGCCUACGUCAAAUGGAAGGCGAUUACUCUAAAGUUCUGGCAAUUGCAAACACGUUUGUCUAAUUUCAUCAUGUCGGAUAUAUAUGAACAUUUAGCUCUUGAGUUUUCAAUAAAAUGAAAAAUGGUCAA